AUGGAGGCCUCAACUUCCAAACCGGUAAAGCAGAAGAGCUUCAGCCGCCGCGUCUCCUUUAACGAGGACACAAUCUUGCCGCCAAAGGAACGCCGCCGCGAAUACUGCGCCAGCGACAUAGAAGCGCGGAUCUCCGUCAAUAGCCGCCGCUGCCGCAUCUGCGGCCGGAUGUGCAGCUCCUGCUGCUUCUGGAUCUCCAUCGCCCUCAGCCUCCUCAUCUUCCUCCUCCUCAUCUGCGGCGCUCUGUAUUACGGUUUCUUCAAAUCGCACAUGCCUAAGAUCCGCCUCCAGCGGCUCGACGUCGCCUCGGCGGAUUCCACAGAAAACCUGGCCGUCCUCCUCAACGCCACGCAUGGCGGCGAAAAGACGGAGCUGAUCUACAGCAGGAUGAUCGCCUCCGUGGCGGCGAGCGGCGUUCGAUUCGGCGUCGUGAGGCUGGCCGACGUUCGGCAGCCACCGCGGAAUUCGACGGUAAUGGAGGUGGCGGCGGGGAUGAAGGACGAGGCGAUGGGAGAUCGGGCGGCGCGUGACCUGCGGAGCAAAGCGGAGGCGCACGCGCUGGUGGUCGAUGUGAAUGUGAGGGGGCGGAUCGAUGUGAUCCUGAGAGGGAGGAAGAUGCACGGUUUUCCGUUCAAAAUCGAGUGCCGGAACAUCAACCAGUCGGAAAUUGACGCCGGUCGUGCACCGCCGUGUAGCAUUCAGUUGUCUCUAAGUUAA